UUAGCAGUAGCUGUAGCAAAGGCGCUCUGCUAUGGCGGAGUAUGUGCACAUAGUUCGGAGAGCCGUUGGCCAAAUAACCGGCCACGGUGGAGUUAAAGGUUUUCUUCUGCAGCUUUUCCGGGUAAAUGAUGUGAAGACCGGAGCACUGGUCGGGGUUGACAAAUAUGGCAACAAGUAUUAUGAGGAUAAUCAAUAUUUCUUUGGCCGUCAUAGAUGGGUCAUCUACACCACAGAGAUGAACGGCAAGAAGACAUUGUGGGAUGUCGAUGGCAGUAUGGUUCCUGCAGAAUGGCAUCGCUGGUUACACUGCAUGACUGAUGAUCCUCCCACCACUCAUCCUCCAGAGCCUAAGAAGUUCCUGGCCAAGGUCCACCAGUUUAACUUGAGCGGAACCUCUUCAUGUUAUGUUCCAUUUUCCACCACAUCUAAGAAAAUCCACGAGUGGGUUCCACCUAAAGUCAGCCAGCAGUAACAACUGCAAACACACACCCACGUCGGAUCUGUUUCAUCUGUCUGUAAAUUAUAACUCAGAUUUCUAACUGUAAAAUAAUAAAUCUACAAAACUUG